AUGGUCCGUUCCAAUUUACACGAAUCUUGGCAAGCGUCGUGGGGGUUUGGUAAACAGGGAUUCCAGUGUCAAGUGUGCAGUUUUGUCGUGCACAAAAGAUGCCACGAAUACGUCACCUUUACGUGUCCCGGAGCCGACAAAGGCGCCGACUCCGACGACACCCGAACCAGGCACAACUUCAAAGCAUAUACCUACUCGUCGCCAACGUUCUGCGAUCACUGCGGGUCUCUGCUGUACGGCCUCCUGCACCAGGGCUUGAAGUGUCAAGCAUGCGAUAUGAACGUGCACAAACGCUGCGAGGAGUCGGUGCCGAACCUCUGCGGCUGCGACCACACCGAGCGGCGCGGGCGCAUCCAGCUGACGAUAACUUGCGUCGGCAACAAACUAACAGUUGUCGUGAAGCAGGGUCGAAAUCUGAUCCCGAUGGACCCCAACGGUCUAUCGGACCCCUACGUGAAGCUGAAAUUGAUUCCGGACGGGGAUAACGUGAAGAAAAAAACGAAGACCAUCCGGAGCUCACUGAAUCCCGAGUGGAACGAGACCCUCACCUUCGAUCUGAAGCCGGAAGACAAGGAUAGGAGAUUGCUCCUGGAAAUAUGGGACUGGGAUCGAACCUCGCGCAACGACUUCAUGGGUUCCCUGUCCUUUGGCAUAUCGGAGCUGAUGAAGGCUCCAGCAGAUGGGUGGUUCAAGCUCCUCACCCAGGAGGAGGGGGAUUACUACAACGUCCCGGUCCCCGAGGAGGGAACAGAUCUGGCCCAGCUCAAGAACCAGAUGAAGGCGACCAACGUCGGCGCGCGUAGGCCUGCGCCCCCGCCCGACAGAGAGGUGCCGCACAACAUGGCGGCCGCUGACGUCAUCAGGGCCACUGAUUUCAAUUUCAUCAUGGUCCUCGGAAAGGGAUCCUUUGGAAAGGUGAUGCUGGCGGAGCGCCGAGGAACAGAUGAACUGUACGCCAUCAAGAUCUUGAAGAAAGACAUCAUCAUCCAAGACGAUGAUGUGGAGUGUACGAUGGUUGAGAAGCGAGUUCUCGCGCUGAGCAGUAAACCACCGUUCUUAGUACAACUGCAUUCGUGUUUCCAGACUAUGGAUCGGCUGUACUUCGUAAUGGAGUACGUGAAUGGUGGCGAUCUGAUGUUCCAAAUCCAGCAGUGUGGAAAAUUCAAAGAACCAGUAGCGGUCUUCUACGCAGCAGAAAUCGCUAUCGGUCUCUUCUUUCUUCACUCUCGCGGCAUCGUCUAUCGUGAUCUAAAACUGGACAACGUCCUGCUGGACCAGGACGGACACAUAAAAAUCGCUGACUUCGGAAUGUGUAAGGAGGGUAUCACCGGUGAUAAGACUACGAAGACCUUCUGCGGGACCCCGGACUACAUCGCCCCGGAGAUCAUCUUAUACCAGCCGUAUGGUAAAUCCGUGGAUUGGUGGGCUUAUGGGGUCCUGCUGUACGAGAUGCUGGUGGGUCAGCCGCCGUUCGACGGUGAAGAUGAAGAGGAGUUAUUCGCGGCUAUCACUGAUAACAGUGUGUCGUAUCCUAAAACUUUGAGCAAGGAGGCGAAGGACGCAUGCAAGUCCUUCCUCACCAAGAUACCGCAGAAGAGGCUGGGCUGCAGCCCCCGCGGAGAGGAGGACGUGCGCACGCACCCGUUCUUCCGGCGCAUCGAUUGGACGCGGGUCGAGGCCAGGGAUGUGCAGCCGCCCUUCAAGCCCAAGAUUAAACAUCGCAAGGACGUGUCCAACUUCGACAAGCAGUUCACGGCGGAGAAGACGGAGCUGACUCCAACAGACAAGCUGUUCAUGAUGAACCUGGACCAGACGGAGUUCAUGGGCUUCUCCUUCCUCAACCCAGAAUACGUGCAGCAUGUCUGA